AUGGCAUGGCCGCUGGCAAUCUCAACAGCAGAGCUACUGUCCUACAGACGGAUCCAGACGAAGACGCUGUCGAUAGCGUCGAACCGCCCACCAACACGAUGCCACUUGACUCAUCCCGCUGGCAAUGUCGCGUCGCCACCAUCAACGGCAGACAACCCCACCGACAAGCUGAUGCUGCCAGCCAAAGCAGCACCGCCAGAUCCAGACGCCGAGCCUGACGAAGGUCACACGCCGCCCGUCGCCGCGCCGGUCGUACUGUCCAGUCGCACCAGCACAAUCAGCCAAAGCCACGUCGUGCGAGCUGCGAGCGCCGGACACUCGCACCGAUCCGUGAGCACUUGA